UCGUUCCUCUUCAAAAUCCUACCAAAACCACCUUAAUCCUCCCAAGAUCAGGUAUUUUCGAUCAAUCCCAAACAAGACCCACUUCUCAAAAUCCAUCAAACCACCCCUUUUAUUCUUCUAUAUAUUCUCCUUGUGUUCUGAGAAAGAGAGAAGAUGUGUUGUUUUGGGAAGAUGUGUAGGCUCUGCACUUGCUUGAUUUUGUUGGUGAUUCUGAUCGGGCUCUUAUUUGGGUUUGGAGUUUUCAAGCAUGGAUUUCACAAGCUGAGUGAGACGUUGCAUGAAUGCAGUGGUGGGAACGAGACUUCCUGUUCUUAUCAUGGUGGAGGGAGGCCGUUCUUGGGCUAUGGAGCACCCAAUCCUAUGUAGGGCUGUGAAGCACCGAAUCCCAUGACCAGGGAUUUUUUAUUUUUAUUUUUCCAUGGAAUGAUGGGUUUCUUUGAA